GCCUCUCUGCACUGCCACUACACAAUUUUACUGCAUGGAUUGAGCUGAGUAGACAAUACUAUAGGGACCAAUGUGCUAGCAGUGAUUCUGUGUGCUGCACACAAUCUGGGGACCGUUAUUUUAAACUGAAAGGAGAUUCUGGAAGAAGGAGAAAUUCUGCAUUCAAAAUGCCACGAUCUUUCCUGGUCAAGAAGCAUUUCAAUUCAUCCAAGAAGCCAAAUUACAGUAAACUGGACACUCAUACAGUGAUCAUUUCCCCAUACCUGUAUGAGAGCUAUCCAAUGCCUAUCAUACCACAGCCAGAGAUCCUGAGCUCAGUAGCUUACAAUCCAAUUACUGUGUGGACUACAACUGGGCUGCUACCAUCCCCAUUACCCAAUGACCUCUCUCCUCUUUCUGGAUACCCCUCAUCCUUGGGAAGAGUCAGUCCACCUCCACCCUCUGACACCUCGUCCAAGGAUCACAGUGGCUCAGAAAGUCCCAUUAGCGAUGAAGAAGAACGAAUCCAGUCAAAGCUUUCAGAUCCCCAUGCAAUUGAAGCAGAAAAGUUUCAGUGCAGUUUAUGCAACAAGACCUAUUCAACUUUCUCUGGGCUGGCCAAACAUAAGCAACUGCACUGUGAUGCCCAGUCUAGGAAAUCAUUCAGCUGCAAGUACUGUGACAAGGAGUAUGUAAGCCUGGGAGCCCUUAAGAUGCACAUCAGGACCCACACACUACCUUGUGUCUGCAAGAUCUGUGGCAAGGCUUUCUCUAGACCCUGGUUACUUCAAGGACACAUCAGAACUCACACGGGAGAGAAGCCUUUUUCAUGCCCUCAUUGCAACAGAGCAUUUGCAGACAGAUCGAACCUGAGGGCUCAUCUGCAGACCCAUUCAGAUGUGAAGAAAUAUCAGUGCAAAAAUUGCUCCAAAACUUUCUCCAGAAUGUCUCUUCUGCACAAACAUGAGGAAUCUGGCUGCUGUGUAGCACACUGAGUCAUGCAGUCAAUGUUGACCUGGACCCAAUGCAUUUCUCCACUCCUGUUGCAAAUGAUAAGUGGAAACCCAAAGGCAUUUUCUCUUCUGCUUCCUAACCUCAUCCCCUCACCCACCCCACCCCACCCCACCCAAAAAAAGUGGAAGAACUUAUAAUGUCAGUACAAAUUAGCUUAAGUAUUUCUGCUAAAUUACUUAAGUGUGAAUUCUGAAAUGUGAGGGGGAAAGAACGAACCAUGCAUGACAUUUCAAAUAGAUCAUAAGGAAGAAACAUGAUCAGCCUUCUUCAGCGAUGAAGCCAAAUGUGCAUAGAUUUUUCUUACUAAGAAAAGUUUCAAAGAUUAACAGUUCAUCCCUGCCAAACCAUUUCAACCAAAGGAACAGUAUUUAAAGAGGAAAUAAUAAUAAAAAUCCUACUCCAAGAGAAUUUGCCAGACAACAUUUAUCUCAGGUGCCUUAUAAAGUAUUUUAAGUUUACUUUAGUAAAUGUCUAAUAUUACUAGUUGUUGUUUUUUUUAAUUAAAAACUAAGGCCUCUAUUGAUGAUCUGAAAUGCUUUAAAAACUGAAUAGUUCAAAGAGGAGGAAAACACACAUAAGAGAAUGUAUGAAAAAUUAUCUGCCAUGUUUUAAAAGUUUGUGCCUUUAAAGAAGACUGUAGCUUCAAACAUUCCUGGUGCAUGCUUGACCCAUCUUUUAAUAUGGAAUAAUUCCUCUAAACUUUAAUCUUUUUUUUUUAACGGGAAUAAGUGCAAAAGAGGGGGUUUAUGGGAGUUUGACAAUGAUUUUUUUUUAGAAAAUCCUUUUUUGAAAUGCACAAAGGAAAUGCAAUAUGUUCAGCAGUGCCCCUCCAAGUGCCUUUUCUAUUAAUGGUUUUGUAAAGUAUGUGGACAUAAUGUAAAUAUUUUUAUUUUUAUAUGACUGAAUGUGCUGUGAAUGAAAGUGAAGUGUUGCCUAUAGAAGCAGCUAUAGGUAACUUGAAGAAAGUGUGAAGUGAAUUUUGUUAUGUU